UCUUUUCUUUUUACGUAAACGAUAAGAACCACCGGGAUGAGUUAAGAUUAGAGAAUAUUGGAAGCGCAAAGUUUAUCGACGAUCCAUGAAAUUAUCGGACCCGUCGAUCUUUUACCCUUCUGAGAUCGUGCAGCACGAAUUGGCCAUGAAACUACUACAAGGAGCCACCAUUGCCAGCUCGGUUCUGUCUAUUUUAUCUACCAAAGAUUGAAAAUAACGGAAAAGAAAAGAUGUUAUAUAUGUAUGUAUGUGUGUACGGUGUUGUUUCGAUAUUGUCACUAAAUUUCUUAUCGAUUUUAUUACGUAUUCUAAAGGACGGUCAAAGUCGAAACGAAACGAAACGUAUCAUAACGUAACGAAACGAAAUCAUCGAGUUGUGUGUUAAAAUAAAUUCCGAGUAGAGAGAAACAUUCGGUAUGAAGAAUUCGAACGGAGGUGUUAGUGUGUGAACGUUCUAAAGGAGAAAAAAGGGAAAUAAAAUUGUAUCAAGGAUGUCGUGCAGAAAGAAAAUCGAUUCGAAGCUUUGGCUCAAUUACACGCAGGCGUAUUGUUCACCAACUAAGCUAUUCGUGCAUCGUGAUAACAGUUAUCGGCUACAAAUUCCAUAUUAAGAGACUGGAAUCUUACGAGCAACGAGUUUCUAAGAUGGAAACCGAAGUUCGAACGUUAAAGGAAGAGUUAGCACAUACUCAAGAAACAUUAAAAGCUGCGACGAAAAGAUGUCGAGAUUUGGUGAGAGAAUUGGACAAUCGUACCGCAGUAUACGAAUCCGAAAGGACGUUAAGGGAUCAACAGUUAUCACGGAUUCUACGUGCACUGUUGAUCCUAGAAGCUCGACUGAAGCAAGAACAAAAGUCGAUUAGGCAGGUAUUAUGUGAAAAGGAUAACGUUAUUAGGAAUCAACAAUUGGAAAUCGCUAGGCUAAGACGUUACACCAAAAAUUAUAUCAAAUCUAAGCGUGAGCAGAUAUUAGGGAGGACAUCGGGUAUAAAGGUCAACAUUGGUCCUAACGUUGAUAAGAGUUCUUCGUUGGAGAAGACUGAAAAACUCGAGAAUGAAAUCGACUCGAGACAAGACGACGAUGAUCUCAGUAAAGAGAUCGAGAAUCUCAAGUGUGAAAUUAUCACGAAACUCGAUUCUUCCGAGGUAAUACCAGUAGCUUUGGAGAACUUGGAUCGUGGGAUUAAGAAGACAUACAGUUUUGCGGGUAGCGACGUUUCGAAGACGAGUAUGACGAGUAGCGAAAAUACAGAUGCAUCUAUCGUUACCACCACUACGGAGGGUAGUCCAUCGUUGAUUAGUACGGAAGGAUUUUGCGAGGGUGAGAGUACGGAUGUAUCACCGGGUUCGACCUUGAACAAAUCGAAUAGGUGUACACCAACAACAGUAACGGAUAGUGAAAACGAGACGACUAUGAUAUUCGAUGAGGAUAACAACGAGUUGGAUGAGGGCGAGGGGGAAGACGAAGACGAGGAAUAUAACGAGAAUAUCAAUGAUGAUAACGAGAGAGAAACAUUAUUGGUCGGUGAGGUUGCAUUUAAUUCGACGAAGAGGAAAAGUUCUUUAGGUAGAUCGAAAUCUCAAAAAGGUUCGACGAAAGGCUCGAUAGUUGGUACGAAUAUUAUAAGAACGGAAAGUAAGGACGACGGUAUGGAUUGUAAUUUUGUCUCGGAGGACGAGGAGAAGGAACAAGAACCGAUAUACGUCAAUUCCUGCAACGAGAACAAUGCGAAAAAUUUGGAACAUUCGAAUGGGAGAGUCGUGCCCGAAAUUUGUCAGAAUUAUACCAAUAACAAUAACGAUACUUCGAUCGAAGUCGAGACGACGGAUGAACAGAAUACGGAAGAGACUAGUGGUAAUUGGUAUAGCGAUCCUGACGAAGAUAAAACUAAUGACGACGUAUUCAGGCAUACUUCAUAUCGGUCGAAUAGUAAUCAUAAUUCCGUCCUUGAAUGUGUCAAUCAAAUACUUUUGAGGGAUAUGGAAGACGAGGAUCGUGUUCUUUCGGUACCGAGGAGAUUUAAACACAGAGGUAGGACAGUGAGGUUUCAACCGGCCAGAUUAUCGGAUAUCGAAUCGGUUGGUUCAGAAAUGGAAAGGAAAAAUUCAGAGGAAGGCUUGAUGGAAAAGGAGACUCUCAGCGGUGAUUUUAGCGAUCAGAGAUCGAUGAACGUUGCCAGUUUCGAGGCCACAGCUUCCGAGGACGAAUAUGGCAUGAGAAUAACUCAUCCGGUUGAUCCGAACGAAGUGGUCAAUUCUAGCGUAGAAUCUGUUCUCGAGGAUGACCCUGAAGAACCAAAAGUUAUACCGAUCGUAAUUAUAGAGCCAAAGGUCGAACCAGAAGAAAUAAAAAAUUCAGGUCUUGCCUCGUCAACGCAGAAGCCAAAAAUACCUAUCCAAUCGGUUAGUCCACCGCUUAGAAUGGAAAGAAUCGAAGAGAAGACGUGUUUGCAGAUGUCGACGAAACGUUUGACCAUAGCUAAGAAUCUUGAUUACGAGGACAUCGAGUCCUUGCCAGAAGUUAUAUUGCCAUCGCCUAAGACUCCACCGGCGUUACCACCGAAGCCACAAUUUCGAAAUAAUACCUUGAUAUUAAAGAAAAUACCAAGCCCGUCGUUUUUGAUUGACGAAACAAGGAAGAAAUUGUCGGAGGUGAGCUCCGCUGCACAUGGAAAAAAGAUCUUCACUCUCAUCGGUUCACCGAUCGAAUCUUCAUCGGCGAUCGCAAAGACGUCUGUUAAAAAUUUAAACUUUGACGAAACGGCUACGAAAAAUGUUGGUAACAACGAGGAUGGUAAUUUUUGGAAAAAUCGAUUCAAUAACGUUCGCUCGUCCUUUCAAUCGCGGCAUUCCAACGAGAAGAAUGUCGUCGUCCAUCGAUCACGCAAAAUUCCAAGGGUUACAAACAUAGUGCGACACUUUGAGGAAUUUAAAAUUGGCGGAGAGAACGAGGAACGAUCUAAGGAACGUAGCAAACCGAAGGAGAGAUACGUUCGCACGGAAUUCGGUCAAGAAUUCGACAUAAGGCAAAACUUUGAGGAAUUCAACCUCGAUGAAUGCGAUCUUUCGGAUGAUCCAAAUCGGCCGGAAGCCGAUGGUUCGGAACGACUUAGUAAUAAUCAUCUCGUAGUUCCAGUUAGUCAAAAUGAAACUAAUAACGCACUGACCAAAGACAAUAAUAAUCAUCCUACGACUGCUACGAAUAAUGCGAAUACUGGUUAUGACAAUUUCUUAGAAGCAACGGGUCUGAGCAACAAAUCCAUAUUAACACCCUCGAGAUUAUUGAGUAAUCAUAAGAGUAUGCUUAAACCUAAGGACGUUAAGUAUAAGAACAAAAUAAAAGCUACGGCGAUUUUAGAAAAACAUAAUGCCUCGACGUCUAACGCUACUACGACGACGAUGUCGACGACAACGACGACAACGACGACGACGACGGCGACGACGUCGAUGUCAACGACGACGACGUCGACGACAACGACGACGACGACCACAACGACACACGUCAGACAUUGGACUGGUCCAUUUGUCUGAUGAUUAAUUGAACGUUUUUCUAAAAGUUAUACCAUUUACAAACAAGAGGAGAAUGAUUUGUUAGAAAGAGUCUUUUGAAGAUUAAUAUUAUAAAUUAUUUUAGAUUUGAAAUAUAUCGAUUCCCGUUAUGCAAAGCUAAUCAAAUGUGCUUGCAAAUUUUUCCUGUGUAUAUGUGUGCGUGUGCAUAACUAAUAUUCUCAAUAUGUUCCGUUCGUCGUUGAAUGAUUCCUAAAGAUAUAUAUCCAAUGGAUUAUUAAUUACUGUUUUUAAAAUAUACCCUAUGGUAUUUCUGUAUAAUUGUAAACAACAAAAAUUGUAGUCACUUUUAUAUUAUUAUUGUAAUAGUUCAAUUGAAAGAGAAAAGUAUUUAUAUGUGUAUGCUAAAAAAUA